CACAUUGUUAUGUUUUUAACCAAAACGAGCCCUUAUCUAAGCCGAAGAUAAGGUAACAUUUUGAAUAAAGUCUGAUCCAGAUUUAGAUAAGGGAGAGGUAUCAAAACUGUGCUAUCUAUAGUCCUAUCAUCCAAUAAAUAAUGAACGCGUCACAUAAUUUAAAAACAAACUAGAAAAGAGUAUUUAUUAAGUAUUCUGACUCCUUGUGGUUCCAUGAGUUAUCAUAGUUCAAGGAGAGAAUAUUGAUACCUACAGUAAGAUAAAAAAAAGAAGAAUCAUUCGAUUUUUAUCUUAAAUGUUGCUUAAGUAGCGACGUUCACAGUUGUUAUUCGACACUUGCCUGCCGGCUUUCAAUAAGACUAGUGGUUAGGUUACUUUUAUAACGUAUUUGAUUUAUACGUAAAAUAUUUACCAUGGCAUACAUAGUAGACUUGCGAUCAGACACAGUGACAAAGCCAACUGAGGCUAUGAAACAUGCCAUGGUGAAUUCAGCAUUGGGCGACGAUGUUUAUGGAGAAGAUCCCACGAUAAAUGCCCUGGAAAGCAAAUUAGCAUCUAUGCUGGGGAAGCAGGCGGCCUUGUUCGUACCCUCUGGCACUAUGGCCAAUCUAAUAGCAAUAAUGGUGCACUGCAACAAACGAGGCUCAGAGGCAUUCGUUGGAAACCUGUCGCACAUCUACAAAUACGAACAAGGAGGUGCAGCCCAUGUAGCAGGCGUACUCCUGUCGACAUUGACCAACAACCCUGAUGGCACCUUCGACCUGCAGGAGCUAGAGAGUCGAUUUCGAGGAACUGACGUGCACGAACCCAUCUCCUCACUCGUAGCUGUGGAGAACACCCACAAUUGUUGUGGCGGUAAGAAACCUCCGCCUAAGAAGCUGAAGGACCACGACCCUAUCACCUCGUUGGUUGCCGUCGAGAAUACCCACAACUGCUGUGGUGGUAAGGCAUUACCACUGAAGUUUCUAGAUGACCUGUCCGCAAUCUGCAAACGCCACAAUGUGCCACUGCACAUGGACGGCGCUCGGCUAUUCAACGCAUGCGAGUACCUGAAGGAGGACCCCAGUAGGGUGGUCAGGGACUGUGACAGCAUCUCCGUCUGCUUCAGCAAGGGUCUGUCAGCCCCAGUCGGCUCUGGACUCGUUGGCUCCUAUCAUUUUAUUGAACAAGCGCGUCGCAUGCGUAAAUUGCUUGGCGGUGGGAUGCGUCAGGCUGGCGUGUUGGCGGCCGCGGCCAUUGUGGCUCUGGACGAGGUCGUGCCGUUGCUCAGGCUCGACCAUAAGCGAGCCAACAUCAUGUCCAAAGUGAUCGAAGGUCUGUUCCUGAAGUCGUUUAAAGUGGACGUGGAGGGCCAGCACAGCAAUAUAAUUCUCGUGAGGAUUCCGGAGAGUAGUCCACUGACCGCGCAGAAAGUGGUUGCUAGGCUCGCACAGGUCUGCCUCGCUGAGACACAGGGUGACUGCAAAACUCCGAACGACGAGGGUGUGAUUGUGAAAGCGAUAUACUUCAACAGCAAGACGGUGAGGUUCACCUUGCACCGCGAGAUCUCCGACGAAGACCUCUGGCUGGCCAUCAUGAAGAUCACAUAUGUGUUCAAGGAGUUAGAUGCAACAGCUUAGGAACGCUAGCUAAUCACGUGGGACGUUAAGUAUCAGUAGUUCUAAACAUUUUUUGCGCUUCGUAGAUGGCGCUAGUUAUGUUUAAAGUCCUCUCUCGCUAAAACCCUUUUAACACACACAAAUCAGCGGCUCUGACGAUACAAAUUAUUUCAUUUCAACUGAUUAUUAAUAUACUCUAUAACGGUAGGUCUCGGUUUCAAUAUUUUCAUCCGUAAUAUGAAUUUGCGAGCUCAGCUAUAAUAACUGCCAAUAUAAAAUUUUGAGUCAAAGUAUCAUCGAUACUUAUUACUUAUUGCGUACUAGCAAUAAAGGCGAUUUUUGUUUAGCAAUAAUGACAACUACUGACAUAGAAAUGUGUUCAUUUUGAAUCAGUCAAUCCAACAAUCCAAGAAAAAUUGUGUAGAAAUGAGCUCAAUAUAUUUACACUGUUAUUUCAAAACCUAUAUUAUGUAACAACAUAUAUGUUUAAAACGUAUAUGUUUAUAGAAUAGGUGCUAAAUUAUUGUAUUUUUACUAAAUUGUAAACGAUAAAAGCGGGUGUUUUAAAUUUUAUACGGCUUUUUAUAUUAAAUAAGAAUAGGUUAUAAUUUUACAAUGGAAGUUUGCCUAAUUUGAUGAUUACUUCCAUAAGCUAUUCCACCUGCAACAAUCGCCCGGGUUUCAAAAAGAGAUUUUUUCUAAAGAAGGUCCCUAUCAGUACGAUGGUGAUCAAUGGCGCUUCAGCGGUUUAUAAGGUCCGGUUCCAUAAAUCAUCAUAGUAAAAGCUUUCGAAAUUUCUAAUCGAAUCUGCAGAUGUUUGUAGUUAAGGGGGUGCUCGAAGGCAGCGCGCGCUCCCUAAAUGUUCUGCGAUUUGCAGCGUAAUGCCAUUAUGAUUUUUUUCUUUAUUUCAUACAACGUCAGCAUAACUCUGAAUCUUAAGAAAAGGCCUAUUUAUGCACUUUAUACACGUCUUGACCGCUAAUAUGUUUGAUCAAAAUCAUCAUACCGAUCUGUUAACCUUAAAAGCUGCAUAAUCUAUAGCAUCCACAUUUUAUUUUGAGUGGGGUAUGUCGUCAAGCAAAUCAAACACGGACAGUUUAUAAAUUAGAGUUCGUAGUACUUACCUUUUUUAUUUCAUGUCACUGUGCCAAUUUAGACCCCUUGAACAAACUCAAGACGUAACAGUAAACUAGUUUAUAAAUACACAGAUUGUGUAUUAGGUUUUUGUUUUGUUAAGAACAUCAUAUUAUUUGUCUUACGUAUUGUUUUACGUACUUUUUAAUGUUUACCUAAUUUUAUGUUUUGUAUAAUCUGUGUGUUAUACCGCCUACUUUGUCAAGGGCUACGAUGCAAUGUAGAUGGAAAACAGAUUCCAUGUAUUGAAUCACAAAAUUUGAUUGGUAUACGUCUUUACUAUUAAGUAGUUCGGUUCUAAAGUAACUAGAUAUGUUCUUUAUUUACAAUUGUUAUUAUAAUUAUAAAUACAUUAUUGUUACUUUUGACAUAAAGAGUUUAAUAAAAAUACAAUUAAAUCUAUACCUGCAUUUUAUUUAUAACAAGUUUUCACCAGUUGAACAAUUUUCCAUAAAGUUUAUACGAGAUUCCGAAGACAAAAAUUGUUUUGCCUAUGAUAUAAAAUACGUAUUACAUGUUCAAGACUAACUAAAAAAUAUUUACAAUUUAUUACAUUUACAGAUUCAAACAUCGAGAAAAUACCAACCAAUUGGGGAUUGAUGAAAUUGAAAAGCGAACACCCUAGGUGACUAGUAACAAUUUACAUAACCGGAUUGGUACCUAUAUUAGCUCUAGAUAUUUGUCUAUGUAGGUACAGCUCUUGUUGCUUCCUACAGGUUGCUUAAAUGUUUCGUGUACAACGAAUUCAUCUCAUAAAAUCUUUACUAUUCAUCUCGUACCAGACCCUGAUGAGUUCAUCAUGGUCAUGGUAACCAUGUGACGCUAUCACGUUUUCGUAGGCGUCGCGAGAGAACUCCUUCUUGUAGAAGUAGAAGUGCGGGCAAUGCUCUGGCGUGAUGCCCACCUUCUUCGCCACUAUGCCCAAGUAGAUGUCGUCGAAACGGAAGUGCUUCACAAACAGACUGCCAAUGUACAUGACACGCAUGGCCUUGUUGGAUACGACGUAGGCUCCAGCCGUCACGUAGUCCGGCCAUCGGUCCCAGCGGUACUCCUCGAGUGACACGCGCCACUUGCUGAACCGAAACCGCUGCGGAGCCGAGCGGAACACGUACCCGGUGAACAACAAGUCGCUCUGCAGCUGGCCGGCCGCAUCUGGCGAGCUGGUGGCGGCCAGCCGCGUCGCUUCCCGGUCGUGGAGGUAGCCCAGCAGGUUGUUCACGGAGAUGUACAUGUCGUCGUCGGUGAACAGGUAGUAGUCGGCGUGCGAGCAGUGCUCGUACACCCAGCGGAACGACAUCAUCGUCUUGAUGGUGUUGUUGUAGUAGUAGUCGAUGAAGUCCAUCUGCAUGAUGUCACGGUGCUCCGACAUCUCCUUGUCUAUUUGUCGCUGCACAUCGGACUUGGGGUUUCCGUCAACUCCUAAGAAAAAUAGGAUGUUCACGAUCAGGCCUGAAAUGCCUUGGCCGUAUGUUCUUCGGAUUGCGUCUCUGUGGCCAAAGUGAUCCAUUGCUGAUUUGACCACAAUCAUUAAAUCAAUUUUCUUAGUAAUUAAGCAUUUGUUAGACUUGCUUAGGAAGUUGUACGGGUAAUAGUUGAUGGGCUUCACUGUGAAAUUAUGAUAUCUUAAAACAUCAUCUACUAUGGCUCUUACAUUCACAUCGAGAGGAUAGUGGAAAUCGUUGUCAAAGCUUGAUGCGUGUAGAUAUUCACCAACACCAAAAUACUUGUACAAAUACCACAGCACAAAUACACACAAUAUCAAUUUUAAAUGUUUUCUUUUCAUUUUCACACAUUUAGAUACUUUUAAAUUAUUUAAUGACUUGUUGUUUGAAACUUCCAUAAAACCUGUUACUCGACAACGUCUAUCUACGCCUAUAUAGACGCCUAUAGAUAGACGAAAAUUG